UCCAUGCUGUCCCUUUUUCUCAACAGGACUUUUGUUGUCCGUGUGUAUUUGUUCACGAGCAGCCACAACACACAGGGAUCCUGCCGAUCACAAUCCACCACAGUGUAUUAAGGGUUUCCAAAAAAUCUGUGCUUUUCUAUGGACAAGAAAGUACAGAGGCUGGAGUGGGGUCCAGAUACAUGGGUUGGUGCUUACAGACCCGAAGGACUGAGGCUGGGUGAGGACAAAUACAGUACAAGGGACAGUUACAGGGACGUGGACUCAGCGUUAUUCCCACUCCACCUCUGGGUGGAGAAAGAACCUCGGCCAUUUCUAGAGUUGUUUCAUUUAAAAAUUAGUGUUUGGUGUCACUUUGGGAGCAGGUGUGUUAAUAUCACUGAGGCACGUUGUGCAAGGACAAUGAGGAAAGGAAGUCAGGAAGAUGUUGGGAAAUUUUCAACAGAAAUUUACGGAUCUUGCAAAACUCUCUGAAAUUUGAUAUUAUAUAAACUCAACAAACUAGCUUCCUGGCAGUGCCCUGAAAUUCAGGCUCACACUAACAACCGCUCACGAGGCACACUCACACCCCACGGAGCACGGCUGGCAUAUUCGUGUUGAUACACCAUCAAGGAUGCCCACCAUGCUGCUGUCCCUGGUCAGUGUCAUUGUCACCUUGUGGGUCUCCUGGGCUCACGGACAAGGGAGAACUUGUGAUUUUCCAGAAAUAAAACACGGGAGCAUUUAUGAGGAACACAGGUAUAAGCAGGCCUUCCCCGUCGCCCCGGGGAAGUAUUUCUACUACUCCUGCGACCGCAGCUUUGCGUCUCCUUCGCAGUCGCUCUGGACUCGAAUAACCUGCACGGAGGACGGCUGGUCGCCAACACCCAGGUGUCUCAGACAGUGCUUCUUCCCUUGGGUGAAACAUGGUCGAUCUGCAUCUUCAGGACAAACCCAUCAGGAAGGCGACACGGUGCCAGUGGUCUGUGAUGAGGGCUACAGCCUCCCCCUUCAUCAGAGCAGCAUCACGUGUGGAGAAAGGGGCUGGUCCAUGCCCCCAAUGUGCAGUCGUACUGGUUCUAGAAGAAAAUGUGGGCGCCCUCCAACCAUCAACAAUGGGGACAUCACCACAUUCCCAUCAGCCAACUACGCUCCAGGAGACUCAGUACAGUACAGAUGCCAGGCCUACUAUAAACUUCAGGGAAACAGGAUCCUAACAUGUCGUGACGGAGAGUGGUCAGAACCACCCAAAUGUUUAGAGGCAUGUGUAACAUCAGAAGAAAUGAUGGAAAAGCAUAACAUACAGUUGAGAUGGAGACAGAACAAAAAACUUUAUAUAGAAUCAGACGAUACUGUUGAGUUCACCUGCCGACGUGGGUAUCGUGCAGUGUCACCACGUUCUGCAUUCCGGGUAACGUGUCGGGCAGGAAAACUGACGUAUCCCACCUGUGAAUAAAAUGAUGUUUACGUUGCAUUCUGAAAAUUGAAAUACACGUAUUCAUUUACAGUAUUUUAUAUUAAUCCAAUUCUCUAUUUUUCAAGUGUAUUAUCUCAUUUCUCUUCAAAAUCAAAAUUUAUGUUGAUAUCAUUAUAAUGUGAAAGACCAAUGAAUCACUCUGAAAGGGAUCUCAUUAAAAUGUGGCAAACCACAAUGCUGUGUGUUCUGUUCAUCCAACAUCUGUAGCCAGAAAUCAGAAGCCAUCCCUUCACUGCCUCCUUGCACCCAACCACUCCCCUAACUUUCCCAACACUUUGUCUGGAACUUCUGAGGCCAUUUGAGACUCUUGUUGUGGAGGAAAUGGGGAAAAAUGUUUGUCUCCAUCUUCAAAAUGUAAUCACUUCACAAACACAUAAAAACCAAACUAUGUCACACCUGUGUUGGCGAGAAGAUCUCUGCGGUUAUUACCUGUCCUAGGGAAACACUCACCAGAGAUGGCGACAGAUGUGAUCUCCUGCAGCCUGUCCCCCCAGGGCAUGCAAGCUCUCAGACACAUCACACGGAGCAGGUGGGCUCCGAUUCAGGGCAUGACUGCGGGCAGUGGCACAUGCCCUGAUGAAAACACAGCAUCAGUAUAAACACAUUCACAUCAGUAUAAACACGUAACAUGCUGUGAACCGUGACUACGCAUUUACAGAGCAGAGACCGGCAGGACAUGCAAUGACACACUUUCCACAACUCUGUUGGAUGUAGAGACAACGGGGGUAGGAGUUGGGGUUCAGUUCCCGUAUUCCCCCAGUCUUCUGUAUUGAACAUGUAUCAUCUUUGAACGACGAAGUAUGUUCAUUUAGAGUAAAUACA